AAUAACUAAUGAAUUAUAAUAAUAAUAAUAGUUAUAGAUAAAAAUAUUCCAUAGCUGUAAAAUAGUUUAAUAUUUUUUUAAAAAUGCUUAUUAAAUAAAUUUAACAAAUUAACGAUGAUUCUUGGCAUUCUAACUCGUGGAAUUAAUAAUAUUAUGGAGAUGAUAAAUAUGAAUUUAUACACCAUUAUUCCUAUUCACGAAAGACCUGAUUUGUAUAUGGAUUGUUGUAAACUUAUCAAUUCCGAAUGGCCUUCUAGUGACACCAGAAGAUUAAGAACACUGAGGAUGUCAUGUGAUAAUUUUCCAACUUGUUUGAUACUUAUAAUUGACAACAAAGUAAUUGGACAUUGCAAAAUAUCACUAGUACCUAAACUCAAUGGCAGCUGUUUCAUAGAAUCAGUUGUCAUCGAUUCAGAAUAUCGAUACCGAGGACUCGGUUCAAUACUUUUGCGUGGCACAGAAAACUACGUUUUGACCAAAAACAUAAAAAGUAUUUACCUCGCAACAAAAGGGCAAGAACAAUUUUACCAAAAAAAUGGAUAUUACAACUGCGAGCCCAUUGAUUUGUGGGACUGUGGAGCAGUCUCAAAACCCAUUGAUGUAAUAAGAAAAAAAUAUACACACAAAGAAAAAUGCUCCGGGCCGCCGCCGCCUCCACUGCCUAAUUUAUUUUCUUUUAAAAAGUCAAAAAUUACCACAUCUAAAACCUACAUGGUAAAAAAUUUAUAAAAAGACCAGCUCUAUUUAUAAAACAAAUAUAUUUUUUUAUAAGAAGA